GGGCGGUGCCGGUGCCGGUGGGUGGGUGCCGGGGCGGGUCCGGGGCGGGCGGGCAGAGCCCGCGGCGUGGCGGCACCGCCGCCCCCCGCCCGGCAGCGCGGCGACCCCGGCCCGCCAUGGGGCCCGCCCGUGCCGAUUACCUGGCGCCCUGGUGGGCGGCCUGGCUGCACGGGCUCCCGCACCGCGGCCCGAGCCUGCAGCCCGUGCCCAGCACCUUCCGCCCGCAGGACCCCGACUACCAGCAGUCGCUGCUUUUCCUGGGCUUGGUGGCCGCCGUGUGCCUCGGCCUCAACCUCCUCUUCCUCAUCGUGUACCUGAUCUGCCUGUGCUGCUGCAAGAGGGACCAGGACCCCGAGACCAAGCGGCCCCACUCGUGUUGUGUCACCUGGAUGGCCGUCACCGCCGGGCUCAUCUGCUGCGCGGCCGUUGGCAUCGGCUUCUAUGGGAACAGCGAGACCAACGACGGGGUUUUCCAGCUGCUCUAUGCCCUGGACCACGCCAACCAGACCCUCACUGGCAUCGACUCCCUGGUUGCCAGCACCACGCUGCAGAUGGACGGAGGGCUGGAGCAGCACCUGGCGCGGCUGAACGAGCUCCUGGCCUCGCGGGGGGAUUACGUGCAGACCCUCAAGUUCACCCAGCAGCUGGCCAGCAGCAUUGCCCUGCAGCUCCAGGGGCUGCCGGCCUGGCGGGGCGUCAGCGCUGACCUCACCGAGCUGUCGGGACAGGUCGCCUAUGUGGAGUAUUACCGGUGGUUGGCUUACCUGCUCUUCUUCAUCCUCGUCCUCACCGUCUGCCUGCUGGCCUGCCUGGGGCUGGCCAAGCAUUCCCGCUGCCUCCUGGUCAUGAUGCUGUGCUGUGGGCUGCUCAUGCUGGUCCUCAGCUGGGCCUCCCUGGCCGUGGACACGGCGGCCGCGGUGGGCACCAGCGAUUUCUGCGUGGCCCCAGACAAGUUCAUCAUGAACCAGACAGACGAUGAGAUCAGCGCAGAGGUGGUUCAUUAUUACCUGUACUGUGACCAGAGCCUGAGCAGCCCCUUCCAGCAGGCUCUGACCGUGUUCCAGCGCUCGCUGACCACCAUGCAGAUCCAGAUCCAGGGGCUCAUCCAGUAUGCACUGCCCCUCUUCCCAACAGCUGAGAAAGACCUUCUGGCUGUCCAGCAGCUCCUCAACUCCUCAGAGAGCAGCCUGCACCAGCUGACAGCCCUGCUGGACUGCCGGGGGCUGCACAAGGAUUACCUGGAUGGCCUCAUCGGGAUCUGCUAUGACGGCGUGGAGGGGCUGCUCUACCUCGGGCUCUUCUCCCUGCUGGCGGCCGCCGCCUUCUCCACGGUGAUCUGCGCGGCCCCGCGCGCCUGGCAGCAGCUGGCCGGGCGGGAGCGGGACUAUGAUGACAUGGACGAGGAGGACCCCUUCAACCCCCAGGCCCGGCGCAUCGCCACGCACCACCCGCCCCGGGGGCAGCUGCGCAGCUUCUGCAGCUACAGCAGCAGCCUGGGCAGCCAGAGCAGCCUCCACCCCCCGGCACAGACCGUGUCCAACGCCCCCGUCUCCGAGUACAUGAACCAGGCCGUGCUCUUCGGAGGGAACCCCCGCUACGAGAACGUGCCCCUCAUCGGCAGAGGCUCUCCUCCCCCCACGGUGGAGGCUUGGAUCCCAUCUCACAGAUCUGGCAGCUGGCGAGAGCCUCCUCCCGAGUGGGGGGGAUUAAUUGGAGCACUUCUCCCAGCCCUGAAUAGUCUAAUUUACCCCGGAUUCAGAUCCCUGAGGAAAGACUUUCCGAGUCCAGAAUAACAAACUCAAAAUAAUCUUCCUUAAUGCCUGGCUGGGGUGAUGCUCCCUGCUGUGAAAUCCUGGAGGAAUGCGAUCCUGGAGGGGCUGGAGGCUUGGGCUCGCUGCUAUCCCACAGACACACCCCAGGGGCAGAUUUGGGGUGAAUUUGCUGCUGGGCUGGAGCUGGGAAGGUGGAGGAUGAAGGUGGGAAGGGAUGAAGCAGAGUUGGACAGGCUUGAAGGGUCCUGGUGUGUUGGAGGGGGGUGGUUUUAUAUCCCCCAGCCCUCAGAGAAGCUGAGAACAGGCUCUGAGCCUUUCCAUGCCCAGAUUAGUUUGGGAUUAAUCCACGGGGCAGCGCAGGGGCUGGCUGGGGAGUUUUGGGGUGCUGACCCCCGUGUGGCCCCCCAGUACUCCCCGAGCAUGAGAGCCACGUACCUGGCGGUCACCGAUGAGCACGUCCGGCACCGCGGCGACUUCCCGGCCUAGCAGGAGAUUCCGCUGGGGAAACCAAAGACCCCGGAGAGAGAAGGCGUGGUAGGAGACACGGCGGGGGCUGGAGGACGAGCCUGGAGCCCCCCAGCACCCCCCUCCCCUCGGCAGCCCCCCGGACCCAAACCCUGCUGCCUUACGGGCUCCCGGGAGCACGGAGGGGUCUCCGGUGUCUCCUCCCGUCCCUGCGCCAGCUCGGGAAUGUUCUGGAGCACAAAUCCCGGGACACGCUGCCUCUGGGUGCAGGCAGGGGCUCCCGUAGCAAUGCAGCACCAACCACUAGUGAUCCCAACCCCUUCCCGACCCCCCUUCCCGGCUAUCCCAGCUCCCCGUGCCCCCCUCGCUGCCCCCCGGCCGGAGGGAGCGGUCCCAGGCACAGGAAUUACGGAUGUCUUGGCCUUGCUGGUUUUCCUUUGCUUUGCCCCCCAGGAUUUGGGGUUGUGGGAGGUGCUGGCUCUGUUCCAGACAGGGGUCACUGCGGUGGUGUUUCUAGCAGGUUUUUGGGUGGGUUUAGGCUCUUUUUGGCUCCCCAGGGCAGGUGUGGGCUGGGGCAGGCUCCCCUCCUCCUGCAGCCCUGGAGUGCUCACAGAUCCCCUGGGAGAGGAGCUGCUGGGGUAUCCCUGGGAAGGGACAACAUGGACCUGCCACCCCUGGGGGCUCAUCCCCAAUUCCCAGGAUGACAAGCCGAGAGAGCAGCACAAGCUGAACAUGGUCCUUUGGGGCUGUCCUUUGGCACACGGAGCCCCAGGAAAGGCCCCUUCCCCCUGGAGCAGGGAUGGACCCCCUGCCCCAUCCCACCCACACCCCCAAAGGGUGCACACAGGGCAGUGGCUGUGCCCCCACCCAGGGCCAGGACAUCCGCCCGAGUCCCCCUCUCCAUACUCCCCGUGACUAGCAUCCCUCCCCUUGGGGAAAAUCCCGAGGGAUUUUUUUAUUUUAUUUUUUUGGCUUUUAACAUUUCCAUGUAAAGGUACUGGUAGAAGAGCUGUUGUAACCGCAUGUGAACUAACUGAAGGACUCCGGCUGGGAGCUGGAGUCCGGCUGGAUUUGUAUGUGCCCUUUGCGGGGAAAAGAUAAUAAACACUUGG